GGAUACGGUACGAGUUGCAAUCGAACUUUGCCGCACGGUCCGGUACUCGUACCUUGUACUCGKUCCCAUCUUCGAAAGAACCGAAAGCGUGAACAAGCACAAGGCAGGAUAGAAAAUCCUAAACAGUGGGCCGCCAAACAACUUGCUCUGAAAGUGGGUACUUAYUUAGAGAGGUGCAAGGCAACAAACCAAUACAGAGAACCCGACAAAUAGUUCAAUUCAACCGGCCCAAACAUGGCGACGAGAGCUGCGAACCAUCUCAGCGCCGCCGACACYAUUGCGAAGGAUGUGGAGCUGCUGGAUUCGAUCGAUUUGUCGUCCACGAUGGACCUCCACCGGACGAACCUGAUGCGGAUGCAGGUCGCCGAAUUGCUGGAGGAGUGCCAGCUCGAUCUCAAGGGGAGAAAAUGGGCCACCGAGGCACACGAAUACCUGCAGAGCGUGACAAAAGCAAUAUCGCAGGCCAACAGUCAGCACUUYCUUUCGAAAAAAGAAGGGCAGCCCUACUCGCUUCGGGACCGGGCCGACAAGGUGGUGCASAUCGAAAAGCUUCCGGCCAUGUCGAAGAACAACAAUGUCGGGAUCACGGUGGAACCCAUCGGGUGCACCAAGAGCCAGUUCGGAUGGACCAAAAAAGCCGGAAAUGCCCAGAUGCUGCCAACCUUUUCCUUGAUGGUCAAGCUCCCCGUGGAAUUCUUUUCCCCCAAGGACUAUCUGAAGCAUAGGUAUUUUGACGUAAGUACGAGCUGCGCUGGAUGCGAAAGGGAUCUUGUCCCGGAUGGUUUCACCGUCUGCCAGAAAUACAACGCAUCCUGACCAAAUAGCCAUUUUUUUUUUCCCGGGCACCACAGAAACGCAACUUCAUCAUGGACAAGUUUGCCGUAUACCUGGCAAAACACGCCGACAAACUGGGAAGCGUAGAGUACAAAUGGGGAAAGGGAUCGAAUCGGUCCCCCUAUUUGCAACUGGUGCCCAACCCAGCAGCGGCCUCAUCGUCGAAAAGCAGCAAGCCGAAAGCAGCGAAAUUUCAGGUUCACUUGCAUUUUGGCAUGCAGUCCAUUCACUGGAUUCCGCAGCUGCGGCUCGUGCCGAACCGAUGCAACAUCCGAAACAGCGACGGCGACUCGCCAUCCGACGCCCGUGGCAAAUUAAUCGAAAGCCAGCUGUACAACCAGAGCCUGUUGUUUGAUGCACGGCACGAGUUCGAAGACGAACAAUUGUCGUCGGAAGAGCUAACGGAUCACCCUAACGUCGAGGCGACACUGGUUMUGAUUCAAAUCUGGGCGCUCCAGCGCGGUCUGUGGAGGAACCACGAUGGUUGGACCAAGGAAAACGUUGCCCUGUUUUUGCUYUAYAUGCUGAGGACGAACCGAAUGAAUCCCCGCAUGACCCCGAUCCAACAAUUCACUGUCGUUUUACAAAUGUGGUCCACAACCAACUGGCUGGGAACAAGGGCAACCAAGGGGGAUGGAGGAAACCACCGCGUCGUACGGGGGUCCCAGAGCGAAGCCACCCAGUACUCGAAAGCCAAACGCGGUCGGCGGGAUGUAUUGGUUCUGCCGGAAGAGGACAGCACCGAAAAGGAAACCAUACGGAACUCCGAUCUGGCACGACUCUAUGAGAAACAAACCAGGGAGUCGCCCCUAACGGACAACGAUCCUUCCACACUCAUCGAAGCCUACGCUAGUACGGAGCAUUACAGUCUUGGUCCCGUCAUGCUGGAUCCAACCAUGACSUACAACUAUCUGGGUGACGUGUCCGUGAAUUUUAUGAAACUGCUACAACUUCACGCGACAAAGUCCUUGGCGGGCCUCAAAGCAUCACGGUCUGCGUUUUCGAACAUGUUUAUGAAAAAUGCUCGUUUUUGGAGCCAGUGGGAUAUCUAUGUUAAAAUCCCUCUGAGAAAGAAGAACGAUGAUUGGGAACCGUCGAGUCGCUGCUUGCUCGAAAAACUGGAACUUGCCCUCGGCAAUCGCGUUCGUGGGAUGCGAGUACUGAGUACAGGAAACGGAGACAAGACYCUGGAAAAGAACGACUUGGAUCAGAUUCCAUCCAUUGCCAUCGAUAAGGACUCGUCUUACAAAGAGCGUUCGACCAAUCUGCCGCCAACCGAAAGAGGAGAAAUUAUUUUGGGAAUCGCUAUUGAUCCAGAAACCAGCCAACGAGUUGUCGACCGUGGACCACCCUCUGACCAGCAGAAAGAAGUGAAGACUUUUGUUCAGCUUUGGGGAAGCAAAGCGCAACUCAGGCGUUUCAAGGAUGGAGCAAUUGUGCAAGCUGUCGUGUGGAAUGAUGACGACGACAAAGAUCACUAUCAAAAUGAAGUUAGAUUGCAGGGAGGGUACAUAAACAAGAUUGUGCGCCAUAUUGUACGACUUCAUUACACGAAAGAAAAAAUUGAWUUUGCACUACCGAACCUGAUCUCUUUGGUGGACGGGAUAUCGAACAAUAAGCAAGAUGCUUUCRMCCAACUUUGCAAUCCAGUCUUGGCACACCAACAUGUGAUGAAAGCAUUUGAAUCUCUAUCCCAAUUUUUGCGUUCAGGCAGUCAGGGGUCGCAGUAUAGACAACAGAACCAAGUGUUCUUAGAUCUUCCCUUGUCAAUUGAUGGCGUAGAACCCUUAUCUUCUUGUCUAAGAUAUUCAGAACUCUUUCCUCCGGUGCCACACCCUUUUCUCGGAGGAAGUUCGACUCCUAAUAACAAGAAAGUGUCAGGCGCCAUCAUGUCGGACCCAGUUUUAAUCCAGAUCCGAUUUGGAGCAUCAUCGAAGUGGCCUUCRGAUCUCAAGGCAAUUGGAGCCGCAAAAACCGCUAUGUUGAUUCAAAUUGCCAAUGCUAUCGAGGGCGUGAACAGUAGAGACUUCGAUGGCCCGAUCCAUGUCACUCCAAAUUAUCUUGACCUAGGAUACAAGGGCUACUGUUUCCGUGUUCUCAUUCGUGCUGAUCCGGAGAUUAAAAUGCUACAGGGACUUGUAAGACCGAGCCCAGUGGCUACUUCUCUCCUGAAAUCACUCACUAGGGCUCAUGUUGUAGCAGCAAAACACMACUCAAUGAUACACGCCGUUCACACCUUGCAUCCAUCUGCAGCAAGCGUUGUUCGACUGGCGAAAAGAUGGGUCGCAAAUCACAUGCUGUCAGGCUUAAUCGCACCUGAGGCAAUCGAAUUGAUGGUUGCAAAGGUCUACUCAGAUGACGAGACUCCACUUGAGACCCCGUCGACGGUGACGGCAGGAUUCGUCAGAUUCCUUCAUUUGUUGGCAUACCAUGACUGGUUAGGGUAAGUACUCUGUGUGUUGUCUUAUGCAAAAUCGACAAGAWACGGUGUUUCACUACUCUUUUGCUYACUAGAUUUUGAAUUUUUCACACUCCWUCAUCUAUCAACAACUCCUAAACGCACAGUGAACCACUUAUAGUAGAUCCAAGAGGUCACAUUGAAAGCGUUGACUGCGAUGAAAUCCAUCUUCAGUUCGAAAAGGCGAGGGGGAAGAAAGGAGAAGCGGGUCAUCCGAUGUAUAUAAUUGCACCGUACGACAAGUUGGAAAUAGACGAAGAAGACCCGAUGAAUCAAAACACUGUCAAAACCUCAAACGAAACGUCAUGGCAGCCAAACACUAUCUCACCCGAAUGGGUCUGUCUGACGCGUUCGGUAGCCUUAGCAAAGCGUUCAUAUUCCUUCAUGAUGAAGAAACUAUUGAUUUUUGGAAAGUCAAAUGAUUGGUCGGCGAUAUUCCAUGAGAGYCCUGCAUCUUUCCAAUCAUAUAGUGUAUUAUUGCGCACGAAUACGGAAUUCGUGGUCGACAUGGAAACUUCUUCAACAGGUAAAAAUUUGAAUCCUUCCCCCAACGAGCAUGGAACACUUACAACAUCAUAUACUAAGAGCAUGAAGGCUAGAAUCGAAGGUCCAAAGGGUCUUCGUCGCAAGAUUUACAAAAAUAUUCAAAAUAAUGCCUCCGAUGAAACUAUUUUACUUUGGCAGCCUGUCCAGGAUGUAAUCUCAUCCUUGAGAGAAAAGUUUGGUGCAUACGCUCUAUUCUUCUACAAUGAGCUUUCCCCUGAAGUCAUUGGAAUUGUUUGGCGACCCCAAACUAUUGCAACGAUGGCCUUUUCUGCCAUGACUGCGGARUACGCRAGACCGUUCGAUGACAACGAAAAGAGCUGGAAAAACGAUAGUCUUGUCGUCCGAAAUGCUAUAGAUUUGCUUCGUGAGAUGAGCGAGUACUAUCAAUAUAUCAUCACGACGGUAAAAAUCAUUGACGAGUCUUGUUUGGGACCUUCCUCCAAGCGGCGUAAACUAUUGGUGUCCGAUGACAAAAAAAGUGAGGAGAAAGAUAAUGAAGACAGUUUGACUGAGUAGACGUGAUUGAGUACAUCCAAUAUGUUCCUGCGGACAAUCUACUAGCACAGAAGCAUGAUAAAUUAGAACCAAUAUG